CAACAGUUUUAAACAAUAUUAGGUCAUAUAAUUAUUGUACUGCUACGACCAAAAUACUAUUUCGGAGAAAAUGGAGAAGGCAACAAUAAUCCAAAAGGUAUUUUGGGUUUCCUUUUUGGUUAUUUUGUUAGGACACACAAUCAAGGGGGAAUUUAAGUGCAACGAUACAAGCGAAUGCGUUAAACAAAUGAAAUGCAGCGAAGGGCGUCCAACAUGUUACUACAGAACAAACGUAUGCUUCUGCAGACGUACACAUGACAAUCUACCAUUUACAUGCAAAACAGUUGCAGAUUGUGUUAGACAAUUGAAAUGUAUCAAUGGCACACCUUCAUGUUUUGCAAGUAGAAAUGUAUGUUAUUGUAAACUUCCAAAUAGUAGACCAAAUAAUGAAACUAGGUGUAAUAAUGAUGCUGAUUGUGGUGUGUUAUUGAAAUGUUUGGAUCCUCGUCAUGAGAAACCUACAUGUUUCUUGAAAUCACAUAAUUGUUAUUGUAAACGUGAUGCGUACACUAAUAGUAGUAAGAUUAUGUAGAGGUGAUUUCACAGAUGAUCACUCAAUUUUUCUAGUUUUACAUCAUAGUGAAAGUAGCUACUCAUUAUUUUUUUUCCUGUAAUUAUGAAACUUUGCUUAAGUUACAUUUAAUUUUUGUUUAAUUUUAUAUUAUCAUAUUGAAA